CACGGAGUUAAAGAAAAAGUUCUUCAGUUACAAUUCACUCCAGUAGAGACAUGUUUACGCCAGACUCCAACAGAAAGACCGAACCUCUGUCUGAAUCCAUGUGUUCCUGCGUGAACGGGAAUUCAACCCCAGUGACGCUGCUAGCAUGCAAGGAUAGUCAGUUUCAGCUACUAACAGACACUUUACCAGACUUCUAGACCGAAGAGCCCGAAACAACCCCCACCAGACAUAGCAGACACUCACUGUCAAGUUUGCUUGUCUCUUCUCAGAUGGCUGUGGUGAAGAGUGGUUGGCUUCACAGACAGAGUACCAUCCUGCGCCGCUGGAAGAGGAACUGGUUCGACUUAUGGGCUGACGGACGCCUGGUGUUCUACAAUGACCAGCAGAGGCGGGACAUGGAGGACGAUCUUCACAUGAGAGUCAGCUGCAUCAACAUCCGGAAUUCUGCUGCAUGUCUGGAUCUGACCCCCCCGGAGGGGAAGCCCCGAGAUGCCUUGCUGCAGAUAGUGUGCAGGGAUGGGCGCGUCAUCAGCCUGUGUGCUGACAGUGCAGAUGAUGCUCUAGCGUGGACCAUGGCUCUUCAAGAUGCCAGAAUUAAUAUGGUGGUUGCAGCCCCUCAGGCCGGCUUUACACAGGAAGUUAUGGCAUCGGCUCCUCCCCCUUACUCAGAAUAUGCCCACCCACAGGUUUAUGCUCCAGGCCCAUAUGGGGAUUACACUACUCUCCCUCUCAACACCACACAGGUUGUGUACUCUGCUGAAGGGGAACCAUACACUGUUGCUUAUCCAUAUCAGUACCAAGGUGCUGCAGUGAACCAUGUGAUCAUCCGGGAGCGGCAGCGCGAGGAUGCAGGAGACGUGGCUCUGGGCAUGCUCGCUGGAGCAGCUACUGGUUUGGCUCUGGGAUCUCUCUUCUCAGUCUUUUAAGUUAUGAUCAGUCCGUCAGGGUACAUCUGAGAUACUAUAAGCACUUUGGCUGUUUGUCAACCUUUUUGAGUUGUCUUAAUAUGAAUAGUCUUCAUAACUUGGUUUCAAAAACAUGUUUAUGCACGCUUUAGGUCCUCUGAACAACAUUGAUGUCCCUGUUGGUGUUUAUUCUGGAUUGUUUCUCUGUUAUUUGCUUACUGCCAGGUUUGUUGCGAAUGUAUUCUGCUUGAUGGUGGUGAACGCAGCCUUGAAUAACACACACACAAAUACUUCCUUUCAUCUUUCUAUUUUCUGGAGCCUUGUUUGGAGGAAUUUGGUUUUGAUAUUUACCAAAAUCCUACUGAAAAGGGGAAAAGAUAUCCUUACCGUUUGAUUUUCUGUCAGUGUGCAUAAUUUUGUUCUUUUCUCUCAUUGGCAGCUGUUGACGUGUUUUUGUUUGAACCUGAUUUAAAAUAAAGUGUUGGUUUCUGCCCUGAA